AUCUACAAGGUAGCGGGCAAUAAUAUGCAGCAGCUUCUCCUCGCGUUGACUUUCUCAGCUGCCUCGGCCUUCGUGGCGCCAACGACGCCUGCCGUGGGCCUCGUUCUCGAUGGAUCUGCAGUCGAUGAAACCGCGAUCGGGGUCCAAGCGCCGGCAGGUUUCUGGGACCCGCUUGGGUUGAGCACCAACCAGCCAGAGGGCUUUGAACGCCGCCGUGCCGUUGAACGUAAACAUGGCCGCAUUGCCAUGGUGGCGAUGGUAGGAUGCAUCGCGCACAACGCCAACGUGGAAUUCCCGGGCUACCUCUCUCUCUCUCAACAGCUCAAGUUCUCCGACAUCCCGAACGGCGGCCAGGGUAUCUUCAAGGUUCCAGCUGCUGGUAUCGCGCAGAUCCUGCUCUUCACAGGACUAGUUGAGAUGGCCUGGUGGCCUGCAUCUAAGUAUGACGGCGACUAUAACGUUGGUUUCUUUGGCGCCAAAUACGGACCGGAGAAGAAAACGCAGAAGCUGAAUGCGGAGAUGGCUAAUGGUCGCCUUGCCAUGCUCGGCAUUAUUGGCAACAUGUUUGCUGAAGGUCAGACUGGCCAGACACUCGGCGAGCAGAUCGGUUCUGGUAAUAUGAUCCCAUUCUAAGUAUAUCAAUUUCUGCGCAGCAGAAGCGUCUUUCUCAGCUCACUCUUUCACUGAUAUGGCCUCUCAAAGCCUGCCGGCGAUCAGCGCCGGCGAUCUGGCAGUAGUAAGUCUGCUGGGCGCGGGGAUGUUGGCAAGUGCGAGUACCGAACGCGGGAAAUUCGACGCUUUCCAGUUCGGACCCCACCCGCCCCCCCCCGGCGCCUGAGUAAAGCCCCCAGCCGCCGACCAAAAAUUGUCGGGGGCGUUUCGGGUU